AUAUGAUCUCAAACACCAUUGUGACUUUUGAAAUGGACAACUGGAUCUAUUCUGGUUUGUGAUUGGCCUUAAACUGACUUGCAACCACAGAAAAACCUCACAGCAUCUCUAUCUCAUUCGUGCUUGAAAUCUGUAUAGUAACGUUACACCACCAGUUCAGUCAUGUAUGGAAGUGCUCGGUCAGUUGGUAAGGUUGAACCAAGCAACCAGAGUCCUGGGCGUUCACCAAGGUUGCCAAGAUCACCGCGUUUGGGUCAUCGUCGAACCAACAGCACAGGUGGGAGCUCUGGAAACAAUGCUGGUGGUGGGAGUGGGAAAACGCUUUCCAUGGAAAAUAUUCAAUCCUUAAAUGCUGCCUAUGCCACGUCUGGCCCUAUGUAUCUAAGUGACCAUGAGAACGUGGGUGCCGACACCCCUAAAAGUACCAUGACUCUUGGCCGAUCUGGGGGGCGACUGCCUUAUGGAGUCAGGAUGACUGCUAUGGGUAGCAGCCCCAAUAUUGCCAGUAGUGGGGUUGCCAGUGACACUAUUGCAUUUGGAGACCACCACCUCCCUCCAGUGAGCAUGGCAUCCACCGUGCCUCACUCACUGCGCCAGGCUAGGGAUAACACUAUAAUGGAUCUACAGACACAGCUCAAAGAGGUGCUACGAGAAAAUGAUCUGUUGCGCAAAGAUGUGGAGGUGAAAGAAAGCAAGCUGAGCUCCUCCAUGAACAGUAUCAAGACCUUCUGGAGUCCUGAGCUAAAGAAGGAGAGAGCCUUAAGAAAAGAUGAAGCUUCCAAAAUCACCAUUUGGAAGGAGCAAUAUAGAGUUGUGCAGGAAGAAAACCAGCACAUGCAGAUGACGAUCCAGGCUCUCCAGGAUGAGCUUCGGAUCCAGCGGGACCUGAAUCAGCUGUUCCAGCAGGAUAGCAGCAGCAGAGCCAGUGAACCAUUUGUGGCGGAGCUGACAGAGGAGAACUUCCAACGGCUUCAUGCAGAGCAUGAGCGCCAGACCAAGGAACUUUUCUUGCUGCGCAAAACCUUAGAAGAGAUGGAACUACGCAUUGAGACUCAGAAGCAGACCUUAAAUGCACGUGAUGAGUCGAUCAAAAAACUGCUGGAGAUGUUGCAAAGUAAAGGACUGUCUUCAAAAGCCACAGAGGAGGAUCAUGAGCGAAUAAGGCGGUUGGCUGAAGCGGAAAUGCAUGUCCAUCAUCUGGAGAGCCUGUUGGAACAAAAGGAGAAGGAAAACAAUAUGCUGAGGGAGGAGAUGCAUCGUCGGUUUGAAAAUGCCCCUGACUCAGCCAAGACAAAAGCUCUGCAAACUGUUAUUGAGAUGAAGGACUCAAAAAUCUCCUCCAUGGAACGUGGCCUCCGUGACUUGGAAGAGGAGAUUCAAAUGCUGAAGUCGAAUGGAGCUCUAAGCACUGAAGAGCGUGAGGAGGAAAUGAAGCAAAUGGAAGUGUACCGUAGUCAUUCCAAAUUCAUGAAAAACAAGGUAGAGCAACUGAAGGAAGAGCUAAGUGCCAAAGAGACCCAAGGGGAGGAGCUGAAAAAGAGAGUGGCUGGUCUCCAGGCUGAGAUUGGUCAGGUGAAACAGGAGCUGUCACGUAAAGAUACUGAGCUGCUGGCCUUGCAAACAAAGCUGGAGACCCUCACAAACCAGUUCUCUGACAGCAAGCAGCAUAUUGAGGUGCUGAAAGAAUCCCUUACAGCUAAAGAACAGAGAGCUGCCAUCCUGCAGACAGAGGUGGAUGCUCUACGACUACGUCUGGAGGAAAAAGAGACAAUGCUAAAUAAGAAGACAAAGCAGAUCCAGGAGAUGGCAGAGGAGAAAGGGACUCAAGCAGGAGAGAUACAUGACCUCAAAGACAUGCUGGAUGUGAAAGAACGCAAAGUCAAUGUUCUUCAAAAGAAGAUUGAAAAUCUCCAGGAGCAGUUAAGAGACAAAGAAAAACAGAUGAGUAGUCUGAAGGAUCGCGUAAAAUCUCUACAGGCUGAUACUACAAACACUGACACUGCCUUGACCACACUGGAAGAAGCACUUGCAGAGAAAGAGCGGACUAUUGAGCGCCUGAAGGAGCAACGGGACAGGGAUGAGCGAGAAAAACAAGAGGAGAUUGACAACUACAAAAAAGAUCUUAAGGACCUGAAAGAAAAAGUCAGCCUCUUGCAAGGAGAUCUCUCAGAGAAAGAGGCUACCUUGUUGGAUCUGAAGGAACAUGCCUCAUCUCUGGCAUCUUCAGGACUAAAGAAGGACUCCAGGCUUAAAACGCUGGAAAUUGCUUUGGAACAGAAGAAGGAAGAGUGUCUGAAAAUGGAAACUCAGCUGAAGAAGCAACCUGAAGUUUUAUUGAGCCAUCCAUCCAAGCCAGCUCAUGAAGCUACAUUGGAGGCCAAGGCAAGUCCAGAGCUGAAUGACCGAUUCCAGAAGCUGGAGCAGGAGGUGGCACUGUACCAGGAAGAAACCAGUAAGGCUCAAGCUGAAGUGGAUCGACUGCUGGAAAUCCUGAAGGAGAUGGAAAAUGAGAAGAAUGAUAAAGAUAAAAAGAUAGCAGAAUUGGAGAGUCUCACCUCAAGGCAAGUCAAAGACCAAAAUAAGAAGGUAGCAAACCUUAAGCACAAAGAACAAGUGGAGAAAAAGAAGAGUGCGCAAAUGUUAGAAGAGGCCAGACGGAGAGAGGAUAAUCUCAAUGACAGCUCGCAACAGCUUCAGGAUAACCUGCGUAAAAAGGAUGAUCGGAUUGAAGAAUUGGAAGAGGCGCUGAGAGAAAGUGUGCAGAUAACUGCAGAGCGGGAAAUGGUGCUAGCACAAGAGGAAUCAGCCAGGACUAAUGCUGAGAAACAGGUAGAGGAGUUGAUGAUGGCAAUGGAGAAAGUGAAGCAAGAAUUGGAGUCCAUGAAAGCAAAGCUGUCCUCUACCCAGCAGUCUUUAGCUGAGAAGGAGACCCAUUUGACCAACCUUCGAGCAGAGAGGAGGAAGCAUUUGGAGGAAGUUCUGGAGAUGAAACAAGAAGCCCUUCUUGCUGCCAUCAGUGAAAAAGAUGCCAACAUUGCUCUGCUUGAGCUUUCAUCUUCUAAGAAGAAGACCCAAGAUGAAGUGGCUGCUCUGAAGCGAGAAAAGGACCGCCUGGUGCAACAGCUCAAGCAACAGACUCAGAAUCGCAUGAAGUUGAUGGCAGAUAACUAUGAGGAUGACCACCUCAAAUCCUCAUCCCAUUCCAACCAAACCAACCACAAACCUUCUCCAGACCAGAUAAUUCAGCCCCUUUUAGAACUUGACCAGAAUCGCAGCAAAUUGAAGUUGUACAUUGGACACCUGACAGCCCUCUGCCAUGACCGUGACCCCCUGAUUUUGCGUGGACUUACCCCACCUGCUUCCUACCACAUGGAUGAUGACCAGGCAGCUUGGGAGAAAGAGCUGCAGAAGAUGACCCAGGAACAGCUUCAUGGUGAGUUAGAAAAGGCUGAGAAGGACAGCGCUGAGCUGCAGGAGUUUGCCAAUGCCGUACUACAGCAGAUAGCAGAUCACUGCCCUGACAUUCUGGAGCAAGUUGUCAACGCACUUGAGGAGUCGUCAUGACGUCAGCUGCUAACCCAAACAGAGCAGCACACCCGGUGGCCAAGCCCAGGCAGUCCAAGAAGUAAUGACCAUGGAGAGAAUUGUGAAAGAAGGACAAAGGAAUAGGAAAUUUUGGUGCACCUUUUACAAAGAAAGAAAACUUUAUAAAAGUACAUGCUAUCUUGGUUCUUCCAGCCUAUGAUUACUGAAUUAUGUCUGCAUUCAUCCUCUCACUGCCUUUCUACUUUGGUAUCUGCUGCCCAGCUAACUUUCUCUUGCUGGCAUUGAGGCUUUUGGAUAUGUCUAAGCCGAGACUUGCUGAGUCCAGUGAGCAAGAAGAGGGCUUUUGGACAUGAGUGGCUAUGAUUUUUCUUGAGGUUGAAUGGGGGAGCAUUUGUCUUUUGUGGCUGUUUUCUUUUCCCAUAUAAACUUAAAGCCUGAAUUUUUUCAUAACUAAAACUGAGAGGACACUGAUAAAGGCCCAAAGAUGGUCAGCAUCAUCUAGCUAUCUCAGGAUUUGCCUUCUAUCUCUAAAUUACUGAUUUCUUAUGAAAAGGGAAAAGUCUUCUUCUGUGGUCCCACUGGUCACUUCCAUGCAUUAACUGUAGGCAAGAUAGGCAUUCUUUUUGGCAGUUCUGUUUACUAGACUGGCUUUUUUCGGUAUCUCCUAGUUAUUGUGCAUCAUAGUGUACCUCAUCUGUAUCUCGUAAAUUCUUCUUCCUUCAAACAGGCUCUGGGCAGCAGGGCACCUCCUUUACUUGACUUUUCUCCCUUACUAUUGAUAAUUUUUCAGGCAGUGACUUUGUGACUGCUAAUUGCCAGGAGAAAGUUGCAAAAGGUGUGACUUUUUUAGAGUGAUUUAUGCAAACUAGUAGAACAGGCUGUGUGGACACUCUAAUUUAAAUCAGGUUUAUUUUUGUUAUCUUAAGAAUUGUUUGAAGCUAAACUGAAAUAAGCCAUUCUUAAAAUAAGAGUAUCUUCACUAUGCUUUCCAGUGAUUUAAGUAAUUUGGUUUAAAAUCAUAUCAUUAGUUAAACCUAUGCAACUUUUGUAUGUAUACGAGACCUUAGUCAUGAGCUCAUCCACCUCUUACCUUUACUAAAUCGCUUGCUUAUAAGUGAUGUGAUCCCACAUAGCUGAUUUGUUAGCAAAUCAGAUAUCUGCAUCAUGGCUAGGACUGAUUGUUCUUUCAUGCACUUUGCACUAGCGUUGAAGACAUGGCUUUGUUACAAGUCUUCAGUGAGUUACUUGUGAAUACUCAUAGGACAGAACUUCUUGGCAUCAUCCUACAUGCCCCUUAAAGGAAUUCUCCCCCCUUUUGAAUUUUGGUGCUGUCGUAUUCAAAGUUGAAAAACCAGAGUCUUGUUCCAUUAAAGAAGGGGGGGGGGGGGAGGAGGAUUUGGAAACAAAUAUCACAGUGCAUAGACUGCUGACUCUUCAGCUGCUUUCCCAGGUUUGCAUCAGUAGUCAAUAUCUUGACUUCCGGUGCCUCAGCUCUAUUUUUAACUGAUCUUUCAAAUUCUAGAAAUACCUGAUAUUAAAUGUGCAUAAUCCAAGCCUUUAGGGCAGCCUCUCAGUAGAUCGCUUUCACCAUUUGGAUCCUACAGGGUAAUUUCCUGUCCCCAUCAUUACAUUCUGAGCCUACAUCACACAGCCCUUUCACUGCCCAAAAUGCUGUAGUCCCUGUCAGCUAACCCCAUUUCCUUGUCUUUCAAGUCUCAGAGCAGUUUUGUCCUCUCCUUUUUCCAUUUUUAGGUUAACUAAGCCAUCUCGAUACAAAGAUGAUUGGCACAGAUGUAAGAGGCAGCACUCACCCUGCGCAUUUCUAAAAAUAGCACUGAAGGUCAAGGCAAGAAAAGGCAUUCCCAUAACAUACAAUGAAUAGCUUUAAAGUAAACCAUGUCUAAGUUCAUUCUACCUUUCCUGUUAUGAAAGGACAUAGUGGAACAUCCAUUGCCAACAGCAAGCCAUUUAAAGGAAUUCAAUCCUCUCCUCUCCUUGGAAUAAAAUAAAACAUUUUAGGGGGAACUGGAUCAGUAAUCUUGGUGUUAAGUGGCAAGAUAUGUCCCCUCCUGAGUUUCCUAAAAUGUUCAUAUUUAUUUGUUUUGAGCCUUUGUUGCUUUGCAAAUAAGGAAAUACAGCUUUAGUUCUCACUGGAGUAAUCUCACAGGCAGUGUCUGAUGCUUUUUGUCACAGAACAGGAAAGGAGUGGGAACCUGGCUGUUUGCAAGGGUGAAACAUCAUGUACCGGAAGGCAUGUAGACAGUGACUGUACAUACCACUGAACCAUGCCUCAUACCAGAGCCACUCCUUUGGCCUUAUUAUUUGAGUCAGCACAUUUUGGAAGAAGCUGUUUUGAACUCUUCCCUCUUGCUUUUUCUUCAUCACUUGUAAUGUACUCACUUUAGGAAUUUUAAUGCUGUCUAUAAACCUAUCACAGCCAUCAUCAUAGCAUCUUCCCACCACUUCCUGACUGUCCCACUAGCUUACAUGGUCCAAUUUGCAGCUGGCCUCGUUCCCUGCUGUAAAACAAUCCUCUUUCUGUGAGAAGCUGUGGAAUUUCCUUAUCAAUGUUUCAAAUGACUCCAACUCGUAAACCUCUUACUGAGAUGCUCCUUGAUAGUAUUUCUGAGGGGAGGGGAGGGGAGUGAGUAGUGUCAUUUGUGGCUAUUUCAGUACUUUAUUUCCCUUUAUUGCACUACCCAUAAAUCACAAGAAAGCCCUGAUUUUCAAUGCUGAGACUUCGAGGGUCUUUAACUGAGCUGCCACCAUGUGGCUACAUUUCUGCACAACUGCAAUGGCCUCAACAAAGGCAUGCCAGUCUCAUGACAGUGGGUGCAAGGUUUAUGCAGUGAAAGCCAUGUAAAUCCUACUGUUUACACUCUCCACUGCUCCCAGCAUGUUCUUUGGAGGAAUUUGUCAAGCAGGGAUAAUUACCACAGUGGCCAUUUGUUUUUUAUCUUCAAGCCACACACCUGCUGUUCUUCUCCAUCUGGAUUAUUGUGCCUUGCCUACAUUUCCUUCCAUUACGUAUUGUUGUUUUCUUGGGCUCCAAGCCCUGCCUGCCACUGUGAACCAUGAUCUAAGCCCUCAGCAAAGUGAUUUCAGGGAGUGAGCCAGAUAUCUGAGAACAGACUUGAUCUGACUUGAUCUCUAGUGAACUGCGGCUAAUAACUGCUUUGAUCCUGGUCAGAUAGCGAUAAUGUCAUGCUGAAUAGCUCUGGGAGCUUUUUGAGUUAGGGAGAGAUGGCUGGCCACUGAAUAAUACUGAACAUGACCUGUCUCAACUCUUUGUUUUAUUUUAUGGCGUUCCAUGCCAUUGGCCUUAGCCAAUGACAUAGAUUUAGAUGACAUAGAAUCCAUCAUGAGAUGUUGUAUCAUGCACAUGGCAAAAGGGUAGGGAAGUCCACGUGCACAUGUGUGCAGUCACUCAAUUGCACAACUUUCAUCACUGAUCUUUUAAACUUGUAUUUCCCCAUCUCAGCUGCAAGCUCUACAGUGCAGUAGUAGUCCUGGCAAAUUCAUGUGCCCUUUUUGAUUUCCUCCCCCAGAAUCCAGUUUCCAAGGAUAACCUUACAAAAAGAGUCUGCAGAAUCUCGAUAUUCUUGCCACAUUAUCUGUUUGCUAUAAAAUUAUGAUGGGGUUUUAUUGGAAGGGUUUCACCCUAUUAAAGUGCUUAUUUGUACAGAAGGUAAAGAACUGGAGAAACUCUUCAUAGUAGAUUAAAUAGGAUAUGUCAUCAGGAUCUGAGUGUAGAUAGAGGUGGAAUUCCUCAAACCCCACAUAAACCCUGACAUUCAUACCCUACCUAGUCACGAUCCCUACAAGAUAAUUUCCUUUGCACCACAUACAAUUUAAAAACACUAAUGAAAAGGACAUUGCAACACUAGAACUGCAAAAACAUUGACACUGUUUGUAAUUGGAGGAAGAAAUGACUGAGGUACAUCCCAUGUGAAACUCUAAACUUGUGGUAUUGUGUCUUAUGUGGACUACCUUUGGCCAGAUCUCCCCCUAAGAAAUGCCAUGCUCUCUUUGAAAAAUCUAAACAUCAGGAAAUUCCAAGUGGGUGGAGGAUGAAAGUUACGUGAUACAAGAAUCUAUAUGUGCCGUUUCCAUGUGUACUGCUGGACUAAUACCUCCUCUAGCAAUUUUUUGAUACUUGGUGUCUUUUUUUUUUGUACCGGGGAAGAAUGGAGACCUAAUAUCAUAGACCCCCCCCCCUUCCCCAUACCCCACACACACACUAUUUUCUGAAUCCAAUGGUGUCUAUUUUUCCUCACCCUACAACUCCCACCUAUAGUGGCGGCUAAUGUUUAUUGUGUUGGGAAAUUCUCACAUCUGAUAAAGGAUAAAUGGAACAGCCCACACACAUCCCAUUGUCAAUCAUUGCCAUGAAGGUUUCCUUACAUAGGCUGAUGGGAUAGAGAAUCCACUGUUGAUUCCAAUAUAAAGCAAAAGUUCCACUACAUCACCAGUGUACAUACACUACAAAGACUUCAAUGAACUAAAAAGGAAAAUAGUACAAUCAAGAUGUCUGGCAUUGAAAGAAGCCCCUACGCAACUGAAUUAUCUGCACUGACCCAGACAGCGGAAACAGAAGGCUCUGGAUAAAUAACACUGCCCCAGUGAAGCUAAGGGGUGGGAGGCAAUGAGCCUUCUUGGACUGUGCUAAACUGAGAGGAUAAACUCUUCUCUGCCAAUCACAUAGUCGUGGCAGAACAUGAGCGUCAGGUUUUUAAAACAAAAUGUUUUUAAUUGAUUUUUUUUCACAUAAGAAGGGGGUUCCCUAUGCUAUAGCAGAUCCUUCUGAACAAAAUGGCUGUGUCCACAAUUUUUUUUUAAAAGGAAAGAAAACUAUUUCAAAACUUUUUAGUGUCAAAUGCAUAAACACAAGAAUCCUGACUUUUUUCCAGUGUGUGUGGCGAGUGCUGUAACCCUGUCAUCGGUAUUUCCCCUGACUUUUUCAGGGUAUUUUUUUCUGUUUUGUUUUCUGCUUGUCAAUAUUGUCUGUGUGGUCCUAUGACUGGGACAGUUACCAACAGUGUGUGUCUGUUGUCAGAUUUUUAAAAAAAGCGAUAGUAGUAGAAUUGAAAAAGAUGUGUUUUUUUCAAAAUAAUAAUAAAUGUAAUUAAAAGGAAUUCAAGUAAUGAUGCAGCAAAGUUCUGACUCCUCCUCCUAGGUUUGUAAGGAAAAAGAUUUGUGGGCUCAUGGUUAUAAUCAAUUGCCUUUAACAGGCUAGUGACUUCAAAAUUAAUUUGGUCUCUUAGGAAAUAACCCCAUACUGUGUGAUCCCUCUCCCUAGUUUUACACUGUAUGUACUAACCACAGAGUAUAGAAAUGGGAGGGGAAAUAGUAUAUUAGUAUAGUCUUUGCUAGUAAAAUUAUUAGCCCAACUAGCUCUUCAGGCUAUCAACUUGGAUGCUAUGGGUAAAUUUUCAGACAUUGACACUUGAAUUGCACCUAUAAAUUAUGUGAGCAUGUGCAAAUGCAUAUUAGCUUCUAUAGUUACCAGUUGCAUUGUGCAAUACUUGUGUGGCAGGUGCCUGUUUUGAAAACUAGCCCUCUGUGUCCAGCAUCUUUUGUGCUGAAUUAAAGGGCUUCCAGCCUUUUUCUGCUCCAGUUGUUUUAAAGAUUAGACUACAUACUCUGUCAACUUAAAACAGCAUAUACAGUAAACAGAUAAGUUUCUGUACUCCUGUUGUUAGUGAUACCUUAAAUUAUUUUAAAUGAAUGUAUUUUUUACAAUUCUAUUUUUCACUAUGCUGUUUGAUUACUUUUUGCACUUUUUCUAGUUAGGACAUUGAAAACCAAGGCAAUCAGUUUCACUUUUUUGACUAGCCAUUUUCACUUUCAUGCCCUCCAUGCUCAGUUUGUUCAGUUAAAAAUAAAAAUCAGGGAACCAUUUCUGUUAAUAGUCUAGUAUAUAAAUCUAAAUUUCAAGCCAAACAUGAGUUAGACACUGACCCUUUUACUCUGCUUUUUCCCAUUCACCCAGCUCUCAGUGGUUCUGAUCAGGUCUCAGUCUCAGUGAAAUAUAUGUAAUAAUAUUUUUGCUUUUUAUCUAGUAACCUCAGUAUUUGGGAAGAGCACUAACUUGCAUGUGGCCUGUACUCUGUGCCAGAAUUGUGGAACUUAAAUUUUGAGUUCAGUAAUUGUAUUUGUUACAUUAAGUCCUGGGGCUGCUAUUAUUGAUAAAAUGCUUAUAGAUUUCUGAAGAAGGAUGAUUCAGAUGGGACCACAGCUAGGGGAACCAUGUCUGUGCUGAUCUAAUAUGCUGCUCCAAGCCCACUAAAACAGUAUUACUGUUUCUCUCUAAUUCAAUAAAUUAUGAGGACAGCACACCAGAUUCUGAUUUACCAAACUGUUCCUAGGGAUAACCCAGAGAAUUGUCAUAAGAGAUAAAAUUUGUGGAAGACCCCACACUAUAGACCGGGAUCCCUCAUUUGCUUUGGAAGAGACAUAUUGCACUUUAGUGAAGGAGGAGAUGGGCUUUGAAUUAGAGUCUGGCAUACUUGAGUUCCUUUUGGAAAUGCAGCAGCAGGAGACAUUGUUGUCUGUGAUGCAAAGUGUGCACGCUGCCUUCAAUUUGUAUGUGUUUUAUUGCUGGAGUCAUGUUACUGACAGGAUAAUGAAAUUGCAAAGAAAUUGUGUUAUAUUCAACUUUGCCUUGAUAAUAUAAACACUUGGUUCAUUUUUUCUUCUUUUUUUAAUUCACAAACUAAAUUCAUCAAGAAAUUAUAAAAUUA